UCUAUGUGAGUGUUGGAGGUAGUGCUUAAAAGUUGGGCGGAUGUUUGAAAUAUGUGCAGGAGUGGUGGCUCUCUUAAGAAAUGAAAAGAAAAAUAAAAGAAAAACAAAGAAAAAAUUGAAAGCAAAAGAGAACCACUACUAAAAAUCUGAAUAAUGCCCAGUAAGUAGUGUUUCUUAGCAGUCUGGCUUGGAAAUACUGAUGUUUAUGCCUCCUUCGCUCUUGUGCUCUUAAGAUAUUGAGUAAUGCAGGAUAGCAGAAAGAAAAUACCGGGUUGCUGACUAUGUUUGUGUGUUCGGGAAAUGUGGAACCUUUUGCUAUGAAUACUUCCACCACCUAAAAGGCCUUUUCCCCAUGUCCAAGACCCUAGCCAGUCAUUUGAACCUGUGUCUAAGACCUCCUGAUUAGUUAGUGGUGACACCCCAUAUGUGAACUCUAGCAUUUAGAGGCUGCCAUCAUGGUGAAGAGAUGAUAGGGAUUGAGAGAAAUAGCAUGCGCAUCUUUCGCAUCAAAUUGUCCUGACCCCACUGGUCGAGAGUGAGUGAUUCAUUUUCAUUUUCUAUAUGCUCUUGUACCCCGGUGAGGACCUAGAUUGCUCGGUCUCUAUUCUGAUGUCUUGAGUUGGAUGCAUGAGUUGACUGUUUUGAGUAAGUGGUUGAAUCAAGUCUAGGUUGGCCAGUGAACAGACGGGAGACUCUUCCUUUACUCGAUUUGCUGCACUCGAAUGUCCUUUGUGGUGGUUGUCCAGGUUGUUAUUGAGGUUGUGCAUGUAUUGAUGUUUGAAAACCAGUGCGAUUCACGUGUUCUGUGCCUUUAUGACUUGUCCCCAAUGUUGGUUGAUUGAAAUAUGUAAGCUUACCUAGUGUCUGACUUGGUUUGCUUGGGGACAAGCAAACGGUUAAGUGUGGGGGAGUUUGAUAGACCGUCAUUUACACAUGUUUUUACCCCCGUUCUUACACCAUUUGAGGUGUUGAUUCUCGUGUUUUAGGCCGAUUUCACGCUAGGUUGUGCUUGUUUGUGAUAUUUCAGGUCCUAGUACGUGAAUGAAGGCUUAGGAGCGAGUCUGGGGUCGAUUGGACGAAGAACGGACGAGUGGCGAGGUUUUUGGGAGCUGCAUGGGCAUACCAGGGAGGCUGCACGGCCGUGCACGGUUGCAAGCUGGCCGUGCGCCUCAUGCCGAGGAGCUGCACGGGCAGGCCCUGAAGAUUGCACGGCCGUGCACCUGGCCGUGCAAGAAGCCUGAGUUCGACUUAAGGGAUACGCUGCGUUUCAGGGUGCACGGCCAGAAUGGUGAGUUGCACGGCCGUGCACCCUGGUCGUGCAACUCGGGAAAAUCCGGUUUUUAAAGCCUAAUCCGAGCGAGAAGUGGGGGGAUCGAAUUUCUGGAGCAAAAACAGAGUUUUAGAGAGAGAAAGUGCGAAGAACUCACCCUAGAAGCCAUCUUGGAGCUGGGUUUCAUCAAAUCAAGCUUGGAGAUCGUCCUAGGAGUGGAAAUCAUCAUCCCGGAGCAGAUUAUCCUCAUCAUUAUGAGUAUGACUACUCCGAUUACUGUUUUCUUUUCUCUCUCUAUGGAGUAGAACCUCUCUCUCACUUGGGGAUGAAGAACCCUAGUUCUAUGUGUUAGGGGAUUGAUUGUAAUGACUUGGGAUGAUAUUACUGUUUGAUUUUAAUCGAAUGAUGCAUGUUUAUUGAGUCAAUUGAAGUCUGAUCAACUUUUCCUGAUUCCUGCUGCAAUCUGAGAUAGAUAGAAUCUGAUUAGGUUGCUAGAGUCUCAUCAUUCGAUAGUAGGAGACUGGUUAUACGAGAGUUAGCCAGUUUACUGCUUUGUACUGGAAUCUAAUUCCAGUAGUGAAUUUCUGUUCUUACUGCUUCAGCUUUCUAUCCCGGUGAAGACUAGUCGUCUGCCGGGUAGUUAGACUGAGAGGGCUUGGUCAGCUUAAGAGAUUCCAAGCUACUGUCGGAUCUUCCGCAGUUUAAUCAACAGUAAAUCAACCCAGGGUAAAUUGCAAUUGAAACCUAACUAAAGAGCUAGGGGGAUUCAUUCCCGAGUGACUCUUUCCUGCUUAAGAAAACCGAAUAAUUUCCUGCUUUAUUUCUGCUUUCAGUUUAAACAACAAUCACUUACUCUAGUUGGCUAGAUAACAGAGAAUCACUGAGUAAGCAGUAGAUCUAGAGCCCGGGUUGAUAAUAUAACUUGCCUGUUACUGCAUUCCCGGUCUGCGAUUACACUUAGUCGCAGAUUGGUGUUGUGUUUUGGCGUGUCACGACCCUCUUCGUGAAGCGGCACAUACCUUAAUUUCCAGACACAGUUUUAUUUUAUCGUACCAUGGCAUGGCCUCUUACGAGAGGCUCAUUUUCCUUAUUGAAGCAUGGUCAUGUCCAUUAAUGACUUAGUAGCUUGAGCUUAAAAUCAAUAUCCAUAAGACCCGACUUAAAUUGCAUUAAUUAUUAUAAUUGAUGUGGCCUUAUAAACUCAUUAUUUAUCUUGUAACUCAUCAAUGUGUACAAGACAAAUUUAUGGUGUAAGCAAAUGUCCCCCAACUACUUAGUGCAUAAGAAUUAUGGAAUAAGUAGUUGACAUCAACCUACCAAGGUGAUGAAUUAACACUUAUCAACACACAAGUAGACGUUUCUGUAGCCAUAAUUUUGCCCUUUUUCGUGAUGGCCACUUACUCAGAUUUUAUUUUAUUUUCGCUAAUACAUUUUAAUGGGUCUACUUCCAUGAAGGAGCUAGCAAGAAGUCAUAUACCUAGCCAAAUUUUGGCUAUCACAUAAAGCCAACACGAUCAGAUGGAACUCGCCGUCAAAACUUAUCCCUGCCUUAGCAAAAAUGACUCUCAAUGAUCAAUCCAACACGGCCGGACAAAACUCAUUGUCAAAGCUUGUCAUAUGCCUUAGCCAAAUUUUGGCUUUCAAUGAUCAAGGCAACAUGGCCAUAUGGAACUCGCCGUCAAAACUUGUCCCAUGCCUUAGCCAAAUUUUGGACAUCAUGUCAAACCAAUAUGGCGAGAUGGAAUUCGACAUUUAAGAUGGUCUCAUGCCUUAGCCAAAUUUGGGACAUCAUGUCAAACCAACAUGGUGAGAUGGACCUUGACGUCAAAGCUUGUCCCAUGCCUUAGCCAAAUUUUGGCUUUUGUAAAAAAAAAAUGAGGUCCCU